CUAUAAAAGUCGCGAAUGUGCCUCUUCGCCACAACAGUUGCUUCAUUUGAGUUGUUGCAUACACUACAGAGAAUCAUGAAGUUCUUCAUCAUCGCCUUUCUGUCACUGAUUGCUUUGGUCUUAGCCGAUCACGAUCACGAUCAUGCCGACCAUUCGGACUAUGUGGUUAAGACUAAUGAGGAUCUCGUAGAAGCGCGCAAGCAGUGCGUCUCAAAGUUGAGUAUAUCCGAUGAUCUGGUUGAGAAAUACAGGAAGUGGGAGUAUCCGGAUGAUGAGAAAAGCCGCUGUUUUCUGAAGUGCAUUUUCGAGCAAUUCGGUCUGUAUGAUGAUGAAAAAGGUUUCGAUGUUCACAAAAUUCACCAUCAAUUGGAGGGCGACAAGGUGGACCAUUCGGGUGAUGUACAUGCGAAAAUUGAAAAUUGUGCCAAGGAAGGAGCUGAUGCUGCUGAUGCGUGCACUCGGGCAUAUCGUGGCAUCACCUGUUUCUUGAAGAAUAACUUGUCGUUGGUAAAGCAAAGUGUUGGCUCAGCUUAAAAUAAAUUAAAAAUAAAUUUUUUAA